AGCAGCAGCACACACAAUCGGAAGCACGUGGUAGCGGAGGUGGCAGCUGGGCCUCCCCGGUGCCACCAGCCUGGCUGCCACCACCGCUGACGGCCUUUCUCGGAGUCACUGUCAGCCCAUGACGGUUACUCAAUUUCCCCCGGACAGCGGUUUCCACAACACCUGAUCCACCAUGGCUGAUGACCUGGACUUCGAGACCGGCGAUGCCGGCGCCUCCGCCACCUUCCCCAUGCAGUGCUCCGCCCUCCGGAAGAACGGCUUUGUGGUGCUCAAGGGGCGGCCCUGCAAGAUUGUGGAGAUGUCCACUUCGAAGACGGGCAAGCACGGCCACGCCAAAGUGCAUCUCGUCGGCAUCGACAUCUUCACUGGCAAAAAAUAUGAAGAUAUCUGCCCCUCCACUCACAACAUGGACGUGCCCAACAUCAAGAGAAAUGACUUCCAGCUUAUUGGGAUCCAGGAUGGCUACCUUUCUCUGCUCCAGGACAGCGGGGAUGUCCGGGAGGAUCUGCGUCUCCCUGAGGGAGAACUGGGCAAGGAGAUCGAACAGAAAUACGACAGUGGAGAAGAAAUACUGAUCACCGUUCUGUCCGCAAUGACUGAAGAAGCUGCUGUCGCCAUCAAAGCCAUGGCUAAAUAAAGGAACCACAGGCAACAACCGCAGCCGCAACAAACUUGUAAUGAACCAGAGAGGAAUCGCAACCCGCAGACUGUCAGAUUGGGCUCCAAACCACCCAAAAUCUUGGUUUCUCCCCCCCCCCUCCUGCUUUUUUUUUCUUCAUCCGUCAUCUUCUCUCUUUCCCUUCCUUUGAAACACAACAAACACACCAAACACACAACACACACACCCUCUCCCACCCACCCACCCCUCUUCGAAUCCUCCCGUUGCUCCCCUUUUUGAAUUAAAAGGAAAGGAAACCAAGCUUUUCAUUUUGUGGUCUUUUUAAAAAAAAAAGAACGAGGCAAGAAAAUAAUAAAAAUUAAAAAAAAUCUCUCCCCUCCCUCCCUUCCUUCCCUAAGAGCUGGAUGCUGAUGUAAUCAUUAUUAUUAUUUUCCUCCUCCUCCUCCUCCUCCUCUUCCUCCUCCUCCUCUCUCGGGUGCUAGUCACACUACAACCCUUAUUGUCUUUUUUUUUUUUAAUCCUGGCAAAGAGAAGUUGAGAAAAUUUGCACUUAAAAACAAAAAAAGGAGAAAUAUUUAAAACUGCUGGAAGGGAGGAAGGUGGGAAGGGACGGAAAGAAAACCAUCAAGGACAGAUGGAUUCACUCUUCUUCGGUUCUCCCCUUUCUCCCCCCCCCCCGCCAUUUUCAUCCUCCUUUCGCGAGGAGAGGGCAGAGAAUUUGGGGAGGGGGUGUGUGAGGAGCUCUCCCCUUUUUUCCUCGCCCCCCCAGCCAAACAAGUUGCCCAGUGGGCUUUCUUCCCCCCCCCCCCAUCCCAUUUCUGAGCGUUUCUGUUGAGGGUUGUUGACCGGGGAGGGGUGGGCUGUUUGGUUUUUAUUUUUGUGUCGUCCCCCCCCCCAAACCUGUCUGCUGGGUGGGUUGCAGAGGUCGUGGUCACUUCUUUCGUGCUUGGAGGUUACCCACGGAUUUUUUUUUUUGGGAGGGGGGGUCUCCACUCUGGUUGCUGAGCUUGGCUUAAACCCUCUUCCUCCUCCUCCUCCUCGCUGGAGCCCCCUUUUGUCUGCAACAGUGGGGCAGGAAGACCCCUGCCGGGCCUGGAACGACGGGGACCUGCCCUCUGCGGAGUAUAGGGGCAGGGUUACUCUGGUCCCUGUCAAUCAUGUUUGAUUUCCUUUCCUCGCCCCCCCCCCGCCCCUCCUGUGCUUGUAGCUGCCUCCGAGCCCCUCCCUCGUUCUUGGGAGUUAGCAUCCCACCCCACCCCACCCCAGGAGCCCCCUCAUGCUGGGUAUCUCGCCACCCAAGAAGCUGUUUUCAGGUUCGGGAAUCUUUUGGGGGAGAAGGGGGGGGGAGGUUUAACCAACUAGCACCCCCCCCCAAAGUGUCUCCUUGGUUCAUAUUUACUCUCCUCUGCUGUUCACAGGUCAAGCUGUGCCCUCCCUCCCCCCCCGCCCUCCCCUCCCUCUCGCCCUGUUAAUGCAACCCAUUUGUUAAUCAACCUCAAUAAAAACAAGUUUAAUAUGAAAA